GUCGAUUACAGAGCGGUUUUUAUAAAAGUCGUUCCAUUUCAUCAAAACACAUUCACAAUCCGCCUUCCCCAAUUUCCAUUUUCCAUCUCUUUCUUCAUUUCUUCUUCGAUUCAUUGUUCACGUAGGAAGGAGGACGAUCUCUGUCUUCGUUUCUCUCUGUAACUCUUCCUAUCAGGGUUUCGCAAAUGGCCUCCAAACGGAUCUUGAAGGAACUCAAAGAUUUGCAGAAGGAUCCUCCUACAUCAUGCAGCGCCGGUCCCGUUGCUGAAGACAUGUUCCACUGGCAGGCAACAAUAAUGGGUCCCCCAGACAGUCCUUAUGCUGGGGGUGUUUUCCUAGUUACUAUUCAUUUUCCUCCAGAUUAUCCCUUUAAGCCACCGAAGGUGGCAUUUAGAACAAAAGUAUUCCACCCAAACAUAAACAGCAAUGGGAGCAUUUGCCUUGACAUCUUGAAGGAGCAGUGGAGUCCUGCUCUAACUAUUUCCAAGGUUUUGCUUUCCAUCUGUUCUCUGUUGACGGAUCCGAAUCCCGAUGAUCCAUUGGUGCCGGAGAUUGCCCACAUGUACAAGACAGACAGGAAUAAAUAUGAGACGACAGCAAGGAGCUGGACCCAGAAAUAUGCCAUGGGCUAAAAUGAGGUUUGGUAUGUGCGAUAGGAAGGCCCUUAUAUCUUCUUUCCCGUGGUUUUAGUUGUGUAUGAGGGAUGUCUCUUUAAUCCUAAAAUGGACUAAAGAAGAGUUCCAUAACAUGUCCCCAGUAUUAAAAAAGAAAAGUCAACACAUGUUGCUUUCCUAUUGUUUGUAUGGAUAAUCAUAAUGGUGAUCUUUAGAACAAUGAAUAGCCUCCCCACUGUUGUUUCGUUCAUAUUGUUUGUUGGAAAUUUGAGCUGACGAAACUUUACCAUCA